AGUUUGCAGCUGAAACGUGAUCAAGUACAGUUUCCACUUCGUCUUCUUCGUUUCUCAGAGAAAACUGUUUCUCCGAACAAAAUGGAGUCAUGCCCUACCAUAAAGAACAUCCUCCUCCUAGAUUCUGAAGGAAAACGUAUAGCUGUCAAGUAUUAUUCAGAGGACUGGCCAAUGAAUAGUGCAAAAGAAGCUUUUGAGAAAACCGUUUUCACUAAAACUCAAAAGACAAAUGCGCGGACAGAAGCUGAGAUAGCAAUGUUUGAGAACAGCAUAGUAGUUUACAAGUUUGUUCAAGACCUUCACUUUUUUGUUACCGGGGGUGAUAAUGAAAAUGAGCUCAUUUUAGCCACAGUUCUUCAGGGAUUUUUUGAUGCAGUUGGAAUUCUCCUCAGAGGCAAUGUGGACAAAAAGGAGGCACUUGAGAAUUUGGACCUCAUUCUACUAUGCCUUGAUGAAAUUGUUGAUGGCGGCAUUGUUCUUGAGACCGAUUCAAAUGUUAUAGCAAGUAAGGUUGCGAGUCAUAGUAUUGAUUCUGGAGCUCCGUUAUCUGAGCAGACAAUAGGCCAAGCACUUGCUACUGCACGUGAACAUUUUGCAAGAUCUCUUCUUAAGUGAGUGGAUGAAAGGAGAAGCCUGGAAAGAACAUCAGUCUAAUAUUUUCUUAUCCAUUAGGUGUACUGGCUUAUAGUAUCGCAUUUGCUAAAAUUGUGUACUGUCAGAAUUUAUCACUUCCUGCUGAAUUCAUCUCCUCUUAUAGAACUCAAACGAUUUAGACAUCAAAAAAAAAAAAAAACCAUUCAACUUCUAUGAUAGAUGGUAAAUCACUGAAAUUUCUAGUAUAGGAAAUUUUUCAAGCUUACAACCAGUUGUCUCAUACUAUAUAUCCAGCAAGAAACCAGACUUGGUAAUUUUCUAGUGAUUCCAUAUAUAGAGCUAGUAAUAUAUUUUCUGUUCUUUUUCAUUUAAAGUUACUGAUACUAGCAUCUAGAGAUUU